GGAAGUGGGAGCGAGAAGCGAGGAGGCGGAGACUGUGGCGGCUCCAGCCCGGCCGCGCUCCGAGCCGAGGGGCUGCAUGGCGCGGCCAGCGCGGCUGUGUGGGCUGUGGGCGCUGCUGCUGUGCGCCGCAGUGAGCCCAGGAGCCGCGGCCACAGAAGUUCAGCCACCUGUGACGAAUUUGAGUGUCUCUGUUGAAAACCUCUGCACAAUAGUAUGGACGUGGAGUCCUCCCGAGGGAGCCAACCCAAACUGUACUCUCAGGUACCUUAGUCAUUUCGAUGACAAACAGGAUAAGAUAAUUGCUCCAGAAACUCGCCGUUUAAAGGAAGUACCCCUAAAUGAAAAGAUCUGUCUGCAAGUGGCAUCCCAAUGUAGUACCAAUGAAAGCGAGAAGCCUAGUGCGGUGAGGAGAAAGUGCAUCUCGCCCCCUGAAGGUGAUCCUGAGUCUGCCGUGACUGAGCUCCAGUGCAUUUCGCACAACCUGAGCUAUAUGAAGUGUUCCUGGCUUCCUGGAAGGAAUACAAGUCCUGACACAAACUAUACUCUUUACUACUGGUACAGCAGCCUGGGGAAAGUUCUUCAGUGUGAAACCAUCUAUAAAGAAGGUCAACGCAUGAGCUGUUCCUUUAAACUGACUAAAGUAGAUUCGAGUUUUGAGCAGCACAACAUUCAAAUAAUGGUCAAGGACAUUGCUGGGAAAAUUAGGCCAUCCUUCAAAAUAGUGUCUUUAAUUUCCCGUGUGAAACCUGGUCCUCCACAUAUUAAACAUCUUUUCUUCAAAAAUGAUGUCUUAUUUGUGCAGUGGAAAAAUCCUCAGAAUUUUAGUAGCAGAUGCUUAUCGUCUGAAGUGGAUGUCAAAAACAGUCAAAAUGGACUACAUUCUCUUUUCUCUGUUGAAGAGGACAAAUGCCAGAAUUCAGAAUUUGAUCAAAACAUGGAGGGUGCAGGCUGUUUCAUCCUCCCUGGUGUUCUUGCUGACACUGUCUACACCGUCAGAGUAAGAGUCAAAACAAACAGGUUAUGCUUUGAUGACAACUACCUGUGGAGUAACUGGAGCGAAGCCCUGAGCAUCGGCAAGGAGUCGAACUCCACAUUCUACAUAACGAUGUUACUCAUCAUUCCGGUCAUUGUUGCAGGUGCGAUCAUUGUCCUUCUUCUUUACCUGAAAAGGCUCAAGAUCAUUAUAUUUCCUCCAAUUCCUGAUCCUGGCAAGAUUUUUAAAGAAAUGUUUGGAGACCAGAAUGAUGAUACCCUGCACUGGAAGAAGUAUGACAUCUACGAGAAGCAAUCCAAAGAGGAAACGGAUUCUGUAGUGCUGAUCGAAAACCUGAAGAAAGCGGCUCAGUGAUGGCGAGAACUGACUUCUGGUUUUCCUUCAAUGUGACCCUGUGAAGAUUCACUGCAGUCUCCGUCUGUUAUCCGAGGGCUUGCUAAAUAGAAAUCGAAACUACUGGACCCUUGAAGCACAGGCAGCUCCUAAGAGCCGUGGCUUUUUCAUGUCAGGUUUGCACCGAAAAACCCAAACUAAUGGAGCUCUUCAAGACGAGAGCAGAGCCUUUCUUGUUCUCGUUGACUCUUAAAAACAGAUGUCCUUUGCCAAGUGUCCAAACUAGAGGACAAAGAAAAGGGGACAAUGAGCAUGCGUUCUUCUUAUCAGGAGUCGUGAUGACUUCCUUAAAGAAUCUCUGCUUGCUCUGUAUUCUUUCUGUGGAUUAACACCAAGAAAUUUUACUUGUGAGGAAACUCACUUGGGGUGUGUAUGCUAAUGCUGAACUUGAUUCCCAGAGAACAUCUAGCAAACAAAACUGAUACAAUCUGCUGCCUAUUGUUCGGGAACCUACUGAGUAAUGUUUGUGGCGAUUAAAAUGCGCUAUUAUUAUCCACUUCAAUAGCAUUUCCCUCUGCCUUGAAUUUCCCAGAAGUCAUCUUGGCCACGGUGAUGACAUGUAGAAAAAAAACACAGAGGCAACUUCUCCACCAAGGCUGUUUUAUGUCCUGGCAGGAUUUUGUAGGAUAGUGGAGGCAGAAUGACCUAGUGUUAGAGCUGGAGUCAGGGAGUCUGGAAAGAUGUCUGCCCCACGUUAUUUCUGCUAUUCAAAUCAAGUAUGGACUAUGUAUCUAGCUUGUACUUGUAUCUAGUGUGAGGGAUGGGACCCCACUCCUGGGUUUAUAUAAUUUGGGGACUCCUUAUUUCUUAGUACUUUCUUUAUCUUCAGAUAGCCAGCCAUUUCCCAGACUUUUGAACUUCUCAUGGCCUGUGCUUAUUCCCUGCUAUGCCUACUCCUGCAUUCUCUUUCCUAUAGCCUUUCGACUUUUAGUGGAAGUGAGGGUACAAAUUUGCUUAGACUAUCUAGUGGAGCAGGGAAUAAUUUGCAUCUCAGGUAAAAGAUGAGUAUUCUGAACAACAGUGACUAAUUCAUACAGGUUUUUGCCACUUCCCUGUGAGCCUGCAAUUAGUUGAGGGUUUCGAGCAAUUGGUGUUUCUUUGUGUAUUUUUUAAUAGAGAUGAUGUCUUUUCUUCGCUUAGAAUUUAGGCUCUAUUUGCUUGAGGAGAAAAAAAGAUUAGUGUCUGUUUUUCUUUGUUUGUAAGAUAGGCCUUAGGAUGGCUAUUUUCCAUGCUGCAAAUGGUUCUGUCCACUCAAAUGUUCUGUGUUUUAUUGAGAGGGAGCCAAGUGGGGCUUCAACUAUGUACUAGAUUUUUGCAUAUGUUGGGUUUCCAUUCUGCCCCAUUCCCACAAUAUAUGCAUAUGUGUAUUCCCCCUAUUCCACCUGCUUCCCGUAAAUUCAAAACAGUGAGAGGUACCCCACUUCUCUUUCUCAUACCUACAGAUCACUAGCAAGGACUGAAGAACUUUAUAUCACAAAUUCUUCAGGCAUUUACCAGUUCAUGUCAAUAAAAUGAUGCUUCUUGCAUCUCUUGUCCUUAAGCAGGGAAGAUAAGAGACCCCUGCUCUCCACAGGCUGGGACAAAGGGGAGUCUUGCUUCCGUAGUAGUAGUGGCAGGAGAGGAGCACUGUGCCCUCACAUUUUAGGAAAUGAGGGUGCGUGAUGUGAUUGACUCAUGGGUGUCAUCUCCCAGUGCUCUUAUUUUGGGUGUCAGAUUGUUGCUGGGCUACAGGCCACUAGAAUGAAGAUCUAGCUUCCUGUAGAAGAGUGAAACCACUCCUUCCCCAGGAUUUCAUAGUUCUUGGAAGGAAAGCACCUAAAUGCCUUGCACAGGGCCACUUUUCCUGCUGGCCUGUGUGGAUGGUGAUGAAGAGAGCACCCAUUCUGAUAGUCAUGCAGCCUGGGAACAAGGACAGCUUAUUUUGCUUCCAACCUCCUCUUUCAGCAGUUCUGUAGCAAGGGGAAAGAGGAUAGUAAAUCAUAGGAAUACUUUUGUUUUAAUGAACAAGAAUAAUCUCCAGGACUUAGGAACUCUUAAUGAGUACAUUGCUUAUUGGAAACUUUUAGGUUCAUAUAUUAUUUUGACUAAGGCAUAUGGAUUGUUUUCACAUAUAUAAGUAAACCCAGCGUAAGGAGAACCAUUUCUUUUCUUCCAUUCAGAUAACCUUUUUCUGAAUCUGGGCACUGAAGGGAUACAUGAAAUAAUGUUAAUGUUUUUGGUAAUGUCUUCAACUAGGAGUCUUUCUGUUUAACUUCUUAUAAGAAAGUAAAAUAAAUAUUGUUUUUUUUUGUAUGUCA